UGUUACAUGCUAAAUAUGUCCACAGCCUACAGUCACUUCCUUUCACUGGUGUAUAAAUAUGUCGAUGAACGUCCUCUGUUUUUCGUUUACUGGGGAGACAAAAAGAGCAUCAUGGAGUAUGAAGCACUUCAUCUAUUCAUACUUGCAAAUUUAUGUGCUCUUAUAACCGGUGCUCCGACUUCCACCUUGUGCUCUAAUGAGAAUCUGGACAUUAGUAUGGGGAGAUUUUCUCUCUCAAAUGGUUUUUCUGAAGGUAGCGUUCUGAGAUAUACUUGUCCAGAAGGCUAUUACCCAUCCGUUAAGAGCCGGCAGUGUAAAAAUGGAAGAUGGGACCCAAAACCAACAAGGAAACCACAGUGCAAGAUGGUCACAUGCCCCGAUCCUCGUGGUUUUGAAAACGGCGAUGUCUAUCCUUAUCAGCAGAGGUAUUUCGUGAACAGUACAACAAACUACUCGUGUCAAACUGGCUACACAUUCAGUGGCUCAGUGUCCCGAAUUUGCCAACCUAAUGGGAAGUGGAGUGGUGGCACACCAAUCUGUGGAAGAAACUCGGAUCACUGUCCUGAUCCUGGUGUUCCCCCUGGCACUACAAGGUCAGGCAAUACAUUUAAUAUUGAUGACAAAGUCACAUACAACUGUGAGAGUUUACUGAUCUUGAUUGGUUCUCGUGAGCGAGUCUGUCAGAAAGGUGGCCUGUGGUCGGGGGCAGAACCGGAAUGUUACGCUGAUUUCACAUAUGACACCCCAGAGGAAGCAUCCGAGAGUUUCAGCUCUUCUCUCAAGACAAAUCUACAGGUUUCUCAACAGGAUGAAGAAAUAGGUGGAAAGCUUGAUAUCUACAUUGCCUUGGAUGAAUCUGAUAGCAUAAAUGAAAACAACUUUGAAAAUGCGAAAGGUGUCAUUAGUAAACUCAUAGAAAAGAUCAGUUACUAUGAGGUCUCCCCAAAUUAUGAGAUCCUGAUUUUUGCCACAGAUGUUACCAAGAUUGUCACUAUGCGAGAAUUUAAGAAUGGUCAAAACAAUAACCUCUUAAAAAUUCUUAAUAAACUAAGAGAUUUUAAAUAUAGCAGUAAAGGGACGGAAUCAGGGACUGAUAUCUCCAAAGCUUACUCGAGCAUUUAUGAGAGUAUGCUAAUUGAGAAGUACGCUGAUAAAAAGAGCUUUCUUCAGACUCAACAUAUUGUCAUCUUGUUCUCUGAUGGUCAAGCAAACAUGGGUGGAAAUCCCAACCGUAAAGUGGACCAAAUAAAAAAUCUUGUGAUACAAAGGGAUCCGUCACGUGAAGAAAAACUUGACCUUUAUGUGUUUGGAAUGGGUGAUGAUGUAAAUGCUGAGGAUAUAAAUCAUUUAAAGACUGACAGAGGAAAUGAAAAGUUUUUUUUCAAACUUCGAGAUCUGCAUGAUUUAAAGGAGACGUUUGAUACCAUGAUUGAUAAGGGUACUAGUGUACAACUGUGUGGACUUUACAAAGAUUACAGUGAUGGCUCAGAUUCCUAUAAGCGCCAUCAAUACCCCUGGUUGGCAAAGAUCAGUGUGGAUCGUAGUGAUGGAAAGAUGUCAAAUUGCAUGGGGUCUUUAGUCACAUCGACCUUCAUCUUGACAGCGGCUCACUGCUUCAAUUUUAAUGAUACACAUGAUAAGAUAACUGUUGACAUGGAAUCAAAGUCUAAAGGAAUAAAAGUUAAAGAGUACAUACCUCAUCCUCGCUAUAAUCUCACAGCAAAGCGUCACAAGGGUAUUCCAGAAUAUUAUGAAUUUGACAUAGCCCUUCUUCAACUGGAAGAGCCUGUAAUCAUCAGUCCUGAUAUUCGACCAAUCUGCAUCCCCUGCACCAAGGAAACCAGUGCAGCUCUAAAACUUUCAGACAGAGAGGGAACGUGCAAAAAACAUGAGGAGAUGCUGUUGAGUACAGAAAUCGUGAAUGCUGCUUUCAUGUCAGAUAUCGAAGGCAACAUUGAAAAGAAGAACAUCAAAAUCAAACAGGGAAAUUUGUGGGAUGCUUGUAUUGAAGAUGCAAAAAAAGCAAAAGGAAUUACUGCGACAAAUGCAACUGAUAUUGUUUCACACAAUUUUUUGUGCAGCGGUGGUAUUGAACGAGACCUAGAUGAUGUUGCCUGCAAAUGUGAUUCUGGAGGUGCCACAUUUGUUCCUGGUGCACGAUUAGUACAGGUCGGUAUUGUAAGCUGGGGAGUGAAGGAUAUGUGUGCACGCAGCCCUAAACCUAAAUCUGAGAAAGAUUCCAGAGAUUACCAUACAAAUCUGUUCAGUCCAGAAAUACGUUCUUUCCUUAAAACAUAUCUGGGAAAUGAAACAAUAGGAACCCCUCUUACAUUCUUGUGAACAUUUAUUUAACAAAAGCUUAUUUGCAUAAUCCGCAACAUUGUGCAUGUACAGUGUUUAUAGAAAUUUUCUGAAUACUCACAGAUAAUUUUAGAUCAUCUUUGAUCUUCAUAGAGGUGAUGAAAGGCUGAAUCUUUGCCUGUUCUAACAGUAGUUUCUUGUUUUCUUUGGGUAUGUUUUGGGUUUUAUUGCCAUUUUUAAAAGAUUUGAGAUCAUUUUAGCUGAACAUCUUAAACUUUGCUGCAUUUCUUUAUCUGUUUUUCCCUCCUCUCAAAUCAACUUUUUAAUCAGUAGUGUAUCAAGUGUGGAUAUUAUUACCAAUGGGUCUAUUGUUUGUAAGUGGUUUAUAACAAUGGUUUAUCAGGUUACUAAUGUUGCACAGCAUUGCUAUUUUUUGAACACCACUGUAUCUCAGUGAAGUAAAUCUUUUGUGUCUUUGAGCUUUAUGAUAAUCAUGCAAUUAAAGUCUUGUUGCAUAAUAAAGGCAAAUCAAAAAUG